GGGCGGGGCAGGGGGCUCCGGGCGCGCAGGGAACCGCGGGACCCAGGCCCGGACGCCGACCGCCGCGGGGGAAGCGCCGCCCCCGCCGGCUCCCGCGAACCUCCGGACAAACCCCAAUUCAGAAAUAGGUUGCGGGCAUCAGGCCAGGAGGUUCGCCCCCCCACCACCAUCAGGGACCCCCUCCACCCCCGGGACGGCUGGCCGUGGGCGCGAUGAGCCAGGUGCUGGGGAAGCCGCAGCCGGAGGACGAGGACGACGACGAGGAGGAUGAGCUGGUGGGGCUAGCGGACUACGGGGACGGGCCCGACUCCUCGGACGCCGAGCCGGACAGCGGGGCAGAAGAGGGAGUUCUGGACUUCAGCGACCCCUUCAGCACUGAGGUGAAGCCCAGGAUCCUGCUCAUGGGCCUGAGGAGAAGCGGCAAGUCAUCCAUUCAGAAAGUUGUCUUUCAUAAGAUGUCUCCCAACGAAACCCUGUUCUUGGAGAGUACGAACAAGAUCUGCCGGGAAGACGUUUCCAACAGCUCCUUUGUUAAUUUUCAGAUCUGGGACUUCCCAGGACAGAUUGACUUUUUUGACCCUACCUUUGACUAUGAGAUGAUCUUCCGGGGAACAGGAGCGCUGAUAUUUGUCAUAGACUCCCAGGAUGAUUACAUGGAAGCCCUGGCCAGGCUCCACCUCACGGUGACCAGGGCCUACAAAGUGAACACCGACAUCAACUUCGAGGUGUUUAUUCAUAAAGUGGAUGGUCUUUCCGAUGACCACAAAAUUGAAACCCAAAGAGAUAUUCACCAGAGGGCAAAUGAUGACCUUGCAGAUGCUGGAUUAGAAAAAAUUCACCUCAGCUUUUAUCUGACAAGCAUAUAUGAUCACUCAAUAUUUGAAGCUUUUAGCAAAGUGGUUCAGAAACUGAUUCCACAACUCCCCACCCUGGAGAAUUUGCUAAACAUCUUUAUCUCAAAUUCUGGAAUUGAAAAGGCGUUUCUCUUUGAUGUGGUCAGUAAAAUUUAUAUUGCAACUGAUAGUACCCCAGUAGAUAUGCAAACCUAUGAACUCUGCUGUGAUAUGAUCGAUGUGGUCAUUGACAUUUCUUGUAUUUAUGGUCUCAAAGAAGAUGGAGCAGGAACCCCCUAUGACAAGGAAUCAACAGCCAUUAUAAAGCUGAAUAAUACAACCGUUCUUUAUUUAAAAGAGGUGACAAAGUUCCUGGCUCUUGUUUGCUUUGUCAGAGAGGAAAGCUUUGAAAGAAAAGAGAAGGUACUGGGGAUUGAACCCAAGACCUCGUGCAUGGAAAGCAUCAACUCUACCACUGAGCUGUACCCACCCCGCUAUGUAGUUUUUUAUCCUACUGUUUUCACUUAUUUAUAUUGUGAACACUUUCUUAAUUCAUUGAGCAUGAAAGCUUAAUUUAGAUUUUUUACUAUUUCUUUUUGUUACAAAAGUAAUAGCUUUUAUUUACAAAGUUUAAAAAUAAUAAGCAACAAGACAUAAUUAUUGAUAAGCGUCUCACUCACAUAUCUCUUAGUCUUUUUCAUGGAUCUCUAGAUCUCUUUCUAUAUGAGAUUAUAUGAUAAAUACUACUUUAUGACUUUCACUUAAAUUAUUAUAGACGUUUUUCCAAUUCACUAAUUUUUUUUAACCACAUCAUUUUAAUUAGUUUCUUUUAUUGUUAGAAAUGUGUGUUGUUUCUAGAUUUUGAUGCUGUUAAUAAUCUAUAAUGACCUUCUUUGCACUAAAUAUUUGUGUACAUCUUUGGUUAUUUCCUCAGGAAAAACUUCAACAAAUGGAAUGACUUAGUUCAAUGCAUUUUGGUGGCUUCUGGUGCAUAUUACCAAAAUGUCAUUCAGAACGAUUUUAUGGUUUUAUGCUACUGAGAAUAUGCAUGUGUCCAUUUUGCUAUAUUCUUAUUAAUAUUGGACAUUAGCAUUAAAAUGAUAAUUGAAAACAAAUUUACCUUUUUUCUGCGUUUUAAUGAAGUUGUGUAUUUUUUCUGUAUUUACUGACUCUGACCAACCAAAUUGCCUUUUGUGUCCUUGGCCCUCAAAACUUUUAAUUAAGUGGUGUUAACCUUUUACUUCUUAUUUUCAUCUUGCUGAAAGUCAGGACAGAUAUUAAUAAGUUCAUGGAAUUUUGAAGCUGGACAGGACCAUCCCUUGUUUCACCCUCUCAAUUACAGAUGACUUUACCUGGACCCAGGAAAUAGAAAUGACUUUCUCCCAAGGUCACACCACCAGUGUCUGACAGUCGGGGCUAAAGAUUUCUAGGCUUCUCCCUAUAUAGAAUCAGUUGUGUGGACUGUGUUGUAAAUCAUUAUACAUAUACUCCCUUGGUUAAAAAUAUUUGCAGAAUUUAUAUUUGGGGAUUAAUAUUUCAUGUUGAUUUUAGACCUAAGGAAAAUAAAAGUAAUGCAUAUAGUACAACUAUAAUCCCCAAACCUUCAAGGGUGGUAACAGAUCCUAAAAUUUAGGGUACAUUAGAAUCAGCCUUGACAGCUUGUUUAUUUUGAAUUAAUUUUAGACUUAACAGAAAAGUUGCCAAAAUAGUAUAGAGUUUAUAUAUACUCCUCAUCUAGUUUCCCCAACUGGUAACAUCUUACAUACUGUAGUACAGUUACCAAAACUAGGGGCUAACAUUGGUAGAACACUUAUUAAUGAAGCUUACAGACCAUAUUCUAAUUUCACCAGUUUUUCCAAAAAUACCUUUUUUUUUUUCUGUUCCAGGAUCCCAAAUUGGUUUAGUUGUUAUUUCUCCUAGUCUUCUCUAAUCGGGGACAGUCUUUCAUCACCUUGACAGUUUUGAAGUGUGUUCAUCAGUUAUUUUGGACAGUGUCCCCCAAAUUGAGUUUGCCUGAUGUUUCCACACAGUUGGAAUCAGAUCAUGCAAUUUGGCAAGAAUGCCACCCCAGAAUGAUGAUCUGUCCUUCUCAGUGUGUUGUAUCAAGAGGUCCAUGAGGUCUUAUUACAAUGAUGCUGACACUGAUUUAGUUAAGGUAGUGUCUACCAGGUCUUUCCCCUGCAAAGUUCCGAUCUUUCCCUUCGUAGUGAAUAGAUACUUUCAAACUAUGUAAAUCUUCUUUCUCCUCACACUUUUGCCCACUAAUUUUCACAUCCAUCUACGGUUGCAGGAGUAAAUUCAAGCAGGAAAUUUAUCAUGUGGGUCUCUGUUAAAUUAUUGCUAAAUCACCUUGGUAGGAUCAUCUCUGAGGAUGGGCAGAUUUUGUAGAAUUUAUAAACUAACUAGGAACCUGGGUAUUCAUUUUAAUGUUAUAACUAAGAGAUAUAAACAAAUAGGUAGACAAGGUUUAACCCCAUCAUGUUAAACUUGUUUGCUUUUUAGGGUGACCAACUGUCUCCAUUUGCCUGGGACAGAGGGGACCUCCAGUGCCCAAACUGGGGAAGUCCCAGGCAAAUGGGGUGAGUUGGCCACCCGAGCUUUAAAAAGAACUUAAAUGCUUUGCAUACACAGGGAGUAGUUCGAUCUGUUUUGUUGCUUUAAUCUCAAGUGUUGAGGGCUGUUGGUGCUGAUAUCAACACUUACUGGUUAGCCUAUCCUCCUGUUGGUCUCCUGCGUUUUUGUGGGUGAUUUCUGAGACUGCUUUGGCAUAAAGGAGUAAAAGCAGAGGUGGGAUUCUUGGCCUUCACUGCACAUCACAGGCACCUUGGGGAGGGAGGUGGCUAAAAAAUAGGGACAUCUGAGCCCGCCACCAAUUAGAAUAGGUUCUUGGGAGAGGGGCUUGGGGCUUGUUAAUUUUUAAAAAGUUCCCUGGAUGCUUUUAUUGUGCAGCUACGAUUGAGAACCACUGAGCAAGAGAAGGACUGUGUGUGAUGCUGAAGGUCAUGCUUAUUCUAGUCAUGUCUCUGUUCUUGUAUUUUCAACUGCCUUUUAUGAAAGUUGGAAUAAACAGCAAACUCUUUGUAGGCACGCUUACAUCCUUUAAACACCUCAGUUGUGAAUUUUCACUUUCAAAACUCCAAAGGAAACAAGAUUACUCUUACAUUUUAAAUGUGCAAAGACGAGUAAGUUAAGAUUUUUUAGGAGUCAUCAGUAGGCUGUCUCUGAAAUUUCCCAAGUUGAGUCCUCAUUGAGCCAAAGGCCUAUUUAGCUAAGCUUUAUUCAUAAGGUACUUGAUUGCACACAUAAGCAGAAAAAUUUGAGGUUGUUCUUGAAUCUCUUAUCCAAACUCCCACUACAUAAAAUCAUUUCUUUGCUCCUUGUUUCUUUUUUUUUUUUUAAUUGCAUGCUUUAUAUGGAAGAUGGUUCCAAGAAAUAAAAGUGAAGAAUUGGGGAAAUCAGCAAGGAAGGUAGAAAAGCCAUCCUGCUGGGGGAGUCUCUGAGAAGCUGCACGCAAGAAACUCAGCAUCACCCUAGUUGAGCUUGCAAGACUGCAUUUGUCCACCGACUCCCACGCCCCACUGUGUGAGGAGUGCUGUCAGAAACUUUUAUGCCCAUAGCCUGGUACCUGUCUGUGUGGUGGAGGAAGCCCUCUGGUGCCAAAGAAAGCCUCAGGCAGAGAAGAGAUGCUCAUACCUGGGCUGGCUUAUUUCUUACUCCCUUCUCCCUGUUGACUGUGGUCACUAUCACUGCAGAAGCAGCAGAGGGCGCCAUUCAGACUGUUUCCUGCUCCUGGAAGCUGCGCUGGUGUUCCCUCCACUGCACUUGCAGUUAGUUUUAUGACUGCUUUGAAGAAUUUCUCUUCUUGGCUGGAAUCCCAAUUCUUUUUUUUUUUUUUUUUAACUGGGAC